UAAAUAUAUACACACGUAUGCAGAGAAGAAAGCAAAUUACCGCAAAAUCAUUCUAUUAAAGGUCCGACAAGGCAAGAACGCAGACAGCAUUCAUCGUUUCAACACCGCAAAGACACGAAUAUUAUACUUGGUAAUCGCAUCGAUCAAAUCAAUCAAAAUACUGUGCUAGCUGCGUUAAAAAACGAUAAGAACGAUAAUAAUUUACUCGAGAACAUGGCUAGUGACUUAAGCGGCAUUGUCGAGUCAUCAUUUCCUACGGCAGCAUUGGUGCCGAAGGCGGAGACGGGCGUGUUGAACUUUUUGCAGAAAUACCCAGAAUACGAUGGCCGCGAUGUGACAAUCGCCAUUUUCGAUUCUGGUGUAGAUCCCCGUGCAACGGGUCUUGAAACUCUGUGCGAUGGCAAAACGGUGAAAGUAAUUGAGCGCUUCGAUUGCUCGGGUUGCGGCGAUGUCGAUAUGAGCAAGAAAUUGAUACCGAAUGAGAAUGGCAUUGUAAAGGGCUUGUCUGGUCGUUCGCUGAAGUUCACUCCCCAACUGCUUGCUCUCAACACAGACAAGGAGCGCGCAGUACGCGUGGGCUUAAAGAGCUUCAACGACUUGGUGCCGGCCAAAGUGCGCGACAAUAUUGUCGCCCAGGCGAAGUUUAAGAGCUGGGACAAGCCACACAAAACUGCUACGGCAAAUGCCAACCGCAAAAUUGUUGAAUUUGAAUCUCAAAAUCCUGGAGAAGCGUCCAAGCUGCCGUGGGACAAGAAGAUAAUCAAGGAGAACCUUGACUAUGAAUUGGAAAUGCUCAACUCUUUUGAGAAGAUGUACAGUGAUGUUAGGGUCUCAUAUGACUGCGUUCUUAUGCCAACUGAAAAUGGCUGGCUGACCAUCAUCGAUACCACAGAGGAGGGUGAUCUGACAAAAGCAUUGCACAUUGGCGAAUAUUCCAGGACGCAUGAGACGAAAAAUGUGGAUGAUUUCCUCUCGAUUUCUGUCAACGUACACGACGACGGCAAUGUGCUGGAAGUUGUGGGCAUGUGCUCUCCUCAUGGCACUCACGUUGCGUCUAUUGCGAGUGGCAACCACAACUCGAGAGACAUUGAUGGAGUUGCACCCAAUGCUAAAAUUGUGUCGUUGACCAUUGGCGACGGUCGCUUGGGUUCAAUGGAAACCGGUACAGCGCUGGUUCGCGGCAUAAUGAAGGUGAUGGAGCUCUGUCGCGAGGGUCGCCGCAUCGAUGUGAUCAAUAUGAGCUAUGGCGAGCACUCGAACUGGUCUAACUCCGGUCGCAUUGGUGAGCUGAUGAACGAGGUGGUCAAUAAGUACGGCGUUGUCUGGGUAGCCUCGGCGGGCAAUCAUGGACCGGCUCUCAGCACAGUUGGUACUCCUCCUGACAUCAGUCAGCCGAGCCUGAUAGGUGUGGGUGCCUACGUCUCGCCACAGAUGAUGGAGGCCGAGUAUGCGAUGCGUGAGAAGUUGCCUGGUAAUGUUUACACCUGGACAUCACGCGACCCUUGCAUCGAUGGCGGACAGGGCGUCACGGUGUGCGCACCAGGGGGCGCCAUCACAUCCGUGCCACAGUUCACCAUGAGCAAAUCGCAGCUGAUGAACGGCACUAGCAUGGCAGCACCUCAUGUGGCCGGUGCAGUGGCCUUACUUAUUUCCGGGCUAAAGCAACAGCAGAUUGAGUAUUCGCCGUAUAGUAUUAAGCGGGCGAUAAGCGUCACGGCCAACAAGUUGUGCUAUGUGGAUCCCUACGCCCAAGGCCACGGUCUACUCAAUGUGGAGAAGGCAUUUGAGCAUUUGGUUGAGCAUCGGCAAUCCAAGGACAACAUGUUGCGCUUCUCUGUGCGCGUGGGCAACAACAAUGCAAAGGGCAUUCAUCUUCGCGAUGGCGUGCAGCGCAAGUUCAUUGACUUCAAUGUCAACAUUGAGCCCGUCUAUUUCAAUGACAAGGAAGUGGAUCCCAAGGAGAAAUUUAAUUUCAAUGUGCGCCUCAGUCUUGUGCCCUCGCAGUCUUGGGUGCAGUGUGGCGCCUUCCUGGACCUUAGCUAUGGAGUUCGCUCGAUUGUUGUUCGAAUUGAUCCGACUGGCUUGCAGCCAGGUGUGCACAGUGCUGUCGUCCGUGCCUAUGAUACGGCCAAUGUGCAGAAGGGCCCAUUGUUUGAGAUACCAGUUACAGUGGUGCAGCCCCAUGUAUUGGAAGAUACCCAAAGUACUCCCAUAUUUGAGCCGUUUUCAAAUAGGGCUGAUAAAAGCGUUGAGUUUCAACCCAAUACAAUUCAAAGGGACUUUAUUCAAGUGCCAGACAAGUCCACCUGGGCAGUGCUGCGCAUGCGCCUAACUGAUCCCAACCGUGGCAACGACGUUGGCAAGUUCUUCUUACACACGAAUCAAUUGUUACCAAAUCAAUCUUGUCGCAAGCUGGAAACAAUGAAGAUUAUUGGUGUCAGUUCGGAAUUUGAUGCCACGGCUACCUUCCGUGUGAAGGCCAACAAAAUACUGGAGCUGUGCAUUGCCAAGUACUGGUCCAAUCAUGGCCAGAGUCAUUUGAAAUACAGUCUCGAGUUUCACGGCGUGACUGCACUCAAUCCAAAUGCAUAUGUCAUGCACGCUGGUCGUGGCAUACACAAGUUGGAACUUGAUGCACUGGUGUCCGAGGAGGUUCAACCAUCGCUGCAGCUGAAGACUGCUGCGGUCGUGCUCAAACCAAGCGAGGCAAAGAUCUCGCCAUUGAGUGCCACACGUGAUGUCAUCCCAGAGGGCAGGCAGAUCUAUCAGAAUAUGCUCGUCUACAAUCUGAACGUAAACAAGGCAGCGGAUGUGGCGUUGUAUGCACCGCUGUUUAACGAUUUGCUUUACGAAGCGGAAUUUGAGUCGCAGAUGUGGAUGCUGUUCGAUGUUAACAAAACCCUGCUGGCCACCGGCGACGCGCACUCCCACACGUUCUUCACAAAGCUGGAAAAGGGAGAAUAUACUGUGCGACUGCAGGUGCGCCACGAGAAGCGUGAGCUGCUGGAGAAAAUUUCAGAGGCCAACCUCAUUGCGGUGUACAAGUUGGCCAAUAUGAUCUCUCUAGAUUUUUACGAUAGCUACAACCAGGGCAUUGUCGGUGGCCGUAAAAUAUCGUCCACAAAGGUGAGAGACACCAGCAAAGUCAUCUACGUUGCACCCAUUAGUCAGGAAAAGCUGAACAAGGCCAAUUUACCGUCGCCGUGCGCCUGGUUAAGCGGCAAUCUAAUCCUCCCCAAGGAUGAAGGCGGCCGUCGCGUUGACCUCCAUUCGUUCACAUACAUACUCAAUCCGGCUGAGAAGAAAUCUUCCUCAAAUGGCGCCGCCAAUGGAGCUGCUGCCAGCAAUGCCAAUCCAGCAGCGGCAGCUGCUUCAACAAAUGGAGUCAAGCCGAAGCCAGCUUCCACCAUCCAGGAGGAAGCCAGCGCUGCAAAUUCAGCUGGUGGCGAUGGAGUCACAAGCCAAACUGAUGGUCCCGCCAAUGGUUGCAGUGGUACGCCCAGUUCGCCACAAAAGGGCAAAGCUGGCGCCGAUGAUUAUGCUGAGAGCCUGCGAGAUUUCCAAUGCUCGCACAUUGCCAAGUGUGAUCUGGAAAAGGCUGAGAAGAUUUACAACGAUGUUAUUGCCGCACAUCCCAAGCACUUGCCGGCCCAUCUGCAGUUAAUUCAAAACAUCGAGUCGAGCGAAUUGAAGAGCCUAUUGCCGUUCGCAUUUGUCGCUGCCCAACAGAACAGAAGCAAAGAGGGCGAUAAUGCCAAUGCGGAUAAGCCGAAGGAGGAUUUGCAGAAGCAGCGGUCGGCCUUGGAGCGCAUUGUCAAGCUGGCUGACAUUGUAAUCAAUGAAACUGAUGCCGAUGCCCUGCUUUCUUACUAUGGUAUUAAGAACGACACCCGUUCAGAUGCAGCUAAGAUCAAGACAAAUAUGGAUAAGCAGAAGAAUAAUCUGAUUGAAGCAUUGGUCAAGAAGGGUAUCGCCCUCGCCAAGGUCUAUGUGCUCGAUGAUAAUGUGAAGGAUCAUUUGGCUGAGUUGAAUGACGUCUACACCGAGAUUAUCAAGUUUAUCGACGCCAACGAUAGCAAGGCAAUCCAAUUCUCCAUUUGGCAUGCUUUUGCGCACAAUCACUAUGGACGCAUGUACAAGUACGUGACAAAGAUGAUUGAGGACAAACGCGUACGGGAACUCUACGAUGAGAUGGCUGCAAUCAAUUUUGCGAUGGGAUACGAGCAUACAAAGCCCCUCAUCGAUCGCAUGGCUAUCAGCUACUUCCCGGGCAGCUUCCGUUUGUUCUAAGAAAUGUUCGAUGCAAGUUUUAAAGCAAUUAGCUAAAGUAUCUUAUAGAAUGCACAUUUUUAAUCUCCUCACUGUUUUAUUUGUAUUGCAAGCCGUGAGAUAAUCAAGCAAAUAUAUAAUGUAAAUGAAUUCCGUAUACUUCCAAUGUAAAAA